UUAUUUUCGAUUUUGACACUGACACCUUUGACACAGUUUUAUUGUUUUGACGUAUUAUGCAAUUUCGAAAAUUUGCCUGAUUAGGUAAAUUAUUGCCUAAUAUGCAAUAAUUAUCGUAAAAUACGGGAAUUAAUUGUUUAUUAACAAUUCGAGAGUUGUUCGGAUUUUUUUCCUUUUAAUACCGGUCCUUUAAAAAGUAUGCUUCAAAAUGAUGCAACAAUACAUGAAGGAACUUGAACAGGAGCCCUUUGAUCCCGAGGAAUUUGUCGAGCGUUUAGCUUGGCGAACGGUGAAUGACACAAUAAGCGAAAAUGGAAAAAGUGUUUUUGAUCCUCUUUUAAUUCACGAAACAUUUCUACAAGCAAUUAAAGAUCUACAAGUUCUACAAGAGAGACAGCAAAAGAAAUGCGAAAAAUUGGAGAGUGCUUUAAAGGAAGAGGAAUCGAGACAUGCCCUCGAAACAUUGGAUUUACAGGAGAGAAAUAAAAAUGCAAUGGAACUUUUUCAUCAACUCGAUGAGAGAAUUAAUCUCGUUGCAACUAAAGUUCUUCAUUUAGGCGAUCAAUUAGAAAAUGUCAAUACACCAAGAGCGCGAGCUGUCGAAGCUCAAAAAUUAAUGAAACAUUUCUCUGAAUUUCUCAGUCCUGGUCCUUUAACUUGUCACAUUUUCACUGAUAAAUCAUCCUUGGACGAGGCAGCCGACGUGAUAUUGAAACUUCAUCUCAUUGCGCAAGAGCUUCCAUCGGAGAAAUUUGAGCACGCAAAGAAGAAAAUUAGUACAAAAUAUCAUGAGAUUGAGAGAAAUUUAAUAGAGGAAUUUGUAAGAGCACAAAAUGGUGAGGACGCAAAUCGAAUGAAAAAACUAGCAUCAAUUCUAUUGCAUUUCAAGGGCUAUUCACAAUGUAUGGACGCAUUUAUUGAACAAAGUCAAAUGAGUUCAUUUGGUAAGGACGUGUUUCAAGAGGUCAUACCAAUGUGCACGAAAAAUUAUAAACUAAUGCAACAAGUUUUCACAAAUCCCGAACAAGUAAUGGCGAAAUUUGUCUUAAACAUUUAUCAUUUACGACUGCAAAAAUAUAUUGUCGCAAAAUUAGCGGAUCGUUCCGACUCUGAAAAAUAUUUGACAAAUCUCUACGAAUUGUAUUUAAAGACAGCAAAACUCUCGAGUGAUUUGAAAAAGUACAACAUGUGCACUGACGAGGCUUAUUUAAUUAAAUUGACUCGAAAUAUUUUUCACAAACAUGUCGAUGGUUAUAUUACAGUGGAGACAAAAUCAUUGCGAGACAAAGCAGCGGCACUAUUAUCGGAAUAUUACGAAUCGAAAAAUCAUCAGAAGAAAGUAUUGCAAACGGGUGGUUUUCAAGAAUUAAGAAGAGAUUUACAAGCUGUCCUUGGUACGAGAACGAAUAUAAAUAUUGCACAAAUCGAAGACUAUGGCGGUGAGACAUUUCUCUCGGAAGAAUUGGCUAUUAAUUUAUUGCAACGAAGUAAAUUGGCAUUUCAACGAUGUUCAUUAUUAUCGCAACCAAAUGAUCUGCCGGCAAAUGCAACGCAAAUAUUGGAUAUUUUAUUAAAAUCACUUGUGGACGAACACGUUGAUUAUGCACUUGAAUUAGGUUUACAGUGUGUUCCAAUUCCAGAGAGUCGCACACAACCGGAAAUACAUUUCUUUAAAAUUGUUCGUCGAUGCAAUGCAAUUAUUCGAUUAUUGGAGGAGCAAUUUAGCGAUAGUUUGGUGCCUCUCGUUAUCUCAACGCCAAAGAAUGUGGAGUGCAUGACGAAGAAGAAGAAAAUAUUGGAGCAAAUUGAAAUGAAAUUGAAUUUGGGACUGGAUCGGAGUAUAAAUGCAAUUGUUGGUUGGGUGAAGGUUUAUUUGCAGACUGAACAACGUAAAACGGAUUUUAAACCUGAGAGUGAUGUUGAUACAUUAAAUACACCGGCGUGUUUGACUGUUGUUCAAUAUGUUACGGGAAUGAUAAGACACAUUGACGACAGUCUCGAUGGUAAAAGUCUUGAGAAUGUCCUCACCGAAUUGGGAAUACGUUUUCAUCGUGUUAUUUAUGAGCAUUUACAGCAAUUUCAAUUUAAUUCAGCCGGAGCAAUGUGUGCAAUUUGCGAUAUGAAUGAAUACAGAAAAUGCGUCAAGGAACUGAAAAUUAGCACUGUCGUCACUCUAUUCGAUACAUUGCAUGCUCUCUGCAAUCUUCUUCUUGUCAAACCGGAAAAUUUGAUGCAAGUCUGCUCUGGGGAUCAGUUGGCAGUGCUGGAUAGAUCGAUAUUGGUCUCGUUUAUUCAAUUAAGGAGCGAUUAUAAAACACAAAAAUUAUCGAAUUCACUGAAAGGACUCACUACGUAGUUGUAUAUAUUUUAAGAAAUCUCUAUAAAUUUAAUUUCUUUUCCUUAUAUUUUAAUAUAUAUAAAUAUUUUUAUUUUAUAUAUAAAUUCUUAACGUGUUGAUAUUAAGUAAUGCCAAUUAAUUUAAAAACUAAUUUUAACUAAUUUUGGUUUCUUUCUUUUCUUCCAUUUUCACUCCCUCAUUUUUCUCCUCUAAAUAGAUUUUCAUAUUUUCGAAUUUAAAUUAUCUUUUUUCUAUAAUGAAUUUAUUUAUUAUAUUAUUAUAAUAAUAUAUAAUUAUUAUUAAAUUAUAAAUAUAAUUUCUAUUUAAUUAUAUUUAUAAAAACACCUUGAAUUAGUUAUUGAAAGUUAUUAUUACCUCUUUAAAGUUAUUUUUUUUAGAAUGAGUUCGGAGAAAAGAAAGCGUAAAAUUCGGAACAAAAGAAAAAGGGCUAGUGAUUUGUUUUCAAAAUAUAGAAAAUCUCUUUUAAAUUGAAAUAAUAGAUUGGAAUACAAUGAAAAUUUUGUAAUUGUCAAUUAUCUACAUUAUGCCUGGGAAGGAAAAGUUUUCAUUUAUCACGGAAAAAGUGAUACAAUAAAGAUAUUAUUGAAUUUAAUAAAAUCUAAAUAGACUUUAAUUCGUUCACUUUUUAAUUUAAUUCAAUUAUUAUGUUUUAAUUAAUUAAUUAUUAACUUUCAUAAAGUUUCAAUGGAUCUGGACUUUGGAUUCAAAAAUCAAAUGUAAAUUUUCUUUUUGGGUAAAAUAAACAGGGCCUUAAAAAAAAUACUAAAAUUCAAGUUCGUCUUGGAAUCAAAUUCUAUAUUUAUCGUUAAUCUACACGUAGGAAACGUAAAAAACCAUCGAUGUAAUAACUUAUAGUAUUCUACGCGUAAAUGUCAUAUCCACUUAAAACGUCUAAGGGCAGCAAUCGCAAAAAUUAUGCUGCAAGACUGUUAAUCUGUUUAUUUUUUUUUUUUAUUCGUGUCACAAUUUUUUUUUUUGAGAGUUUUAUUUAUUUUCCUCCAUUGAGGUUCAAAAUGAACCAAAAA